CAUAUAUAUUAUUAUAGCAAGAAAUUAAGGCGAAUAGCUUGAGGGAAUUAAACUCUUAUUUAUUGCUAAUAGGGUUUAAUUAAUUUAUAUAUGGAAGCCAUGGAUGAGAUGCUCCUAGCUAAUUGGGUUAAUCUUCAUCAUUCUUCCAUAAACGUGCCCUCAUCUUACUUGCAACCACCGGAAACUAGACCAGGUACACUCUUCAUCUCUUCCGGUAACACCAUUCCGGUCAUCGAUCUUGGGGGACAUCAUCAUCAACAUCAUGCUGACAUCAUAAACCAAAUUUUGAAAGCUUCUGAGGAGUAUGGAUUUUUCCAGGUUAUCAAUCAUGGAGUUAGCAGAGAUUUAAUGGAUGAUGUGCUAAACAUAUUUAAAGAAUUUCAUUCCAUGCCAUCAAAGGAGAAGUUAAAUGAGUGCUCAAAGGACCCAAAUAGAAGUUGCAAACUCUACACAAGUGGCGAGAACCACAGAAGAGAUGCUGUUCAUUAUUGGAAGGACACAUUAACACAUCCUUGUCCUCCUUCAGGAGAAUACAUGAAAUAUUGGCCUAAUAAACCAUCAAAUUACCGCAAGGUUGUUGGGAAAUAUACCGAGGAAGUGAGAAAACUAGGACUCAAAAUUUUGGAGAUGUUAUGUGAAGGAUUAGGGAUUAGGAAAGAAUAUUUCUUAAGUGGUGGACUAAGUGAAAAUCCUUCAUUGGUUGUUCAUCAUUAUCCUCCAUGCCCUGAUCCAACUCUAACAUUGGGAUUAGCGAAACACCGUGACCCUUCCAUUAUCACAAUUCUGCUUCAAGACAAAAACGUUCGUGGACUUCAAGUUCUCAAGGAUCAUGAAUGGUUUGGUGUUGAUCCUAUUCCCUAUGCUUUUGUUGUUAACAUUGGCCUCCUUUUACAGAUAAUUAGUAAUGGAAGGUUGAUUGGUGCGGAACACCGGGUUGUGACAAAUUUAAGGAAUGCACGAACAUCUGUUGCUUAUUUCAUGAACCCAUCAAAAGAAAGCAUCAUAGAACCUGCAAAUGAUUUAUUGGUCAAUGGAACCACCCAACAAACUAUAUACAAAUCCUUGUCAUAUGAAGAGUUUCGUAAAAAUUUCUUCCACAAGGGUCCCAAAUUUGAAUCAGAGUUACACAACUAGUUUUGCCUCUUAAUUAAGAAGUGUCUCUCAACAUAUAUAAAGUGAAAAUUCAGGUGCAGUCGACUUCACGUAAAGUUGUACCUGAGAGUCGUUAGAUGAUUUGACUGAUUUGACUAAAUUUUCAUAUAACGGCUCUGAAGUAUCAACUUCAUGUGAAGUCAACUUUACCUGAGUUUUCAUUCAUAUAUAAUCCAAAUUCAUGUGUGAUCUCUAUGUAGGUAUUCCCUGUUCAUUUUUUAGGAGAAGUAUAUGCAAAUUUUGAUAUACUCAUACUAUAUAUACUUACCAUAUAUACUAGCUAAUCGUUUUGUGUAAACUUCUAUGGUGUGUUUGUAAUAUAAUA